GUACUGUAACUCUUAUCUGACCAGUCAGUGAGGAAGAAGGACGCAGUGGAGUCCGUCUCCCUUCCAGCAUCAUCAGUCUUCAGCACCAUCACUUCUUUAGGACUUUAACCACACGAAACUGGAUUCUGUUGUCGCCCGUCUACUGACAUUUCACAUCUGAUAUCAGGUACUCUGUCGUGCAUCAGUAGUUGUGUUGCUUUUAAACGCCUCAGUAAACGGGAUGGGGGUCGCGGAGGUUCGGGCGUUGGUUUGCGAUGUUCCCGUUAGUCUCCAGCAGCAGCAGCAGCAGGCCCGCCGGCUGCUGCCAUGGAGAUUAGCGUGCUAACACGGAGAAGCUAGCUGUCUGUCCGGACAUUGUUGCAGUCACUGAGACGAUUAAAUACAUUUUUGACAUUUAAAAAGCUAAUACAAAAGGAUAGCAUACAUUAAAGCAAUUUACAUCAAAUUGCAAACUUAUGACAGAGGAAAACAAGGUUUAAAACAGAACAAUAGCUGGUUUUCCGUUAAGUAUCAUGGUGGGUGGAGUGGGAUUGGAGCAUUUCUGUUGUCCGAUUGUUAUUGACAGACGACGCUGAAUAAGAUACCAGUUUAUAAAAGUGGUAAUACAAACAGUCACAUUGUUAUUCAUACAAAGGCUGAUAUGUUUCUUGAAACGUAAACUGCCCCGUUUUAUUGUAGUCUUCUGUUAAAACUGCUUUUGUUUCUUUUCGUUAUGAUUUUUGAUACCUUAUUGAUUGAUAGGUUGACAAUUAUAGUAUAUCCCAGGGAUUCAUAGCAACCAAUGAUUGUUUGAUAGAAGUGGUGUAAUUUUGGACUUAAAAAAAAUCACUCAGUCAUUGACGUGGUGGAAAAAAAAACAGAUAAGGAGCUCAUUGUUACCAACAGCCGUCCUAGUUUCACAUGUUAGCAGUGUGACAGGCCCUGAGGUACUGUGUAAAAGCUGCUCUAGAGGUCCAAACAGACUGUUGGAAUAAAUCUAUCAGUGGAAAGGCUAACUCAUUUUAGGAAACAGCUUAACUGCCAAAAGACAGUGAUAUAAUAGAAAGCCCUUCAGUUGUUGUAUACAUGUCUAUUACUCUGUUACAAUUAGUACUACCAGUGGAUAGCCCACUUUUUUCAUAUCUCACUUUUUUCUCUUAGGAUGUUUAGUAUAUUUAGUCUGUAUUGUACAUACCUCUUCUUAUAUUUUAUUUUAUGUUUUUAUUGCUGCUGUAACAUGGGAAUUUCCCAGUUUGGGAUCAAUAAAGUCUAUCUAUCUAUCUAUCUAUUGACGAAUCUUUUAUGAAGUGAUGUGGACCAUCGUGUUGGUGUGAAGGUAUUUUGUUUUUUUUUUAGGUUGGACAUGAAGCAGAGUAAUGUGCAGUGCAAAAUAUGUCAAAUACAUGUUCUCACAAAGUCGGGGUAUACGUCAAAUCUUUUCACCACCUGAAGUAGUGCCAUGCGGUGGAGCACACACAAUGCAAAGAGUUACAAACCCUAGGCGGAGCAAGGAGCCUAUGGUGCCUGUGCAGCUGAAACAGCCAGUCUGCUUUCUCUAGCGCAACGCCUCACGACAAAACACCGAAGAGACACAAAGACCUCACUGAUGAAGUAGCUUAUUGUAUCGCAAAAGACAUGCUACCAAUAAGCACUGUUAAAUUUCAUUUCUAUCUUGUGAUAUCUAUCGAUUGAUAUGAAAAAAAUAUAUCAUUAUUAACUUUUUCCCAUAUCACCCAGCCCUAGGUAGAGAAAUUAAUAAAAUGAACUACCAUUAGCCGUACAGCUUCUGAAAGGAAAUAAAGAGAGUUAGGAGUUCUAACACUGUUAAACAACACGUUAUUGUCUUACUACAGGAUGUCUGACAAGAGCGAGCUCAAGGCUGAACUGGAGAGGAAGAAACAACGGAUUGCCCAGAUUCGAGAGGAAAAGAAGAGAAAAGAAGAAGAGAAGAAGAAAAAGGAUGUGAGUCUCAGAAAUGUUUGCUUUCACACAUGUAGGACUUGCUGGGUGGCAGCCUUGUUUGAACCUUUUUUCUGCUCUGCAGGGAGACUCCAAGCGUGGCACCGAGGCGGGCGUUGGGUCUUCUGCUGGCCAUGAAGACUCUGAUCUGGAGAGGAAGAGGAGGGAGGCAGAGGCUCUGCUGCAGAGUGUUGGCAUCAACCCUGACAUGCCCCAUGGUAAACUCAUUAUCUAAGCAUGCUUAUUCUACCUUAAACCCUCCACCCUCACUUAUUUCCCAUCGUUUUCUGGUGGUUUGCUUGAAUGAUUUGCUGUGUUAUUAAAGUGAGCUCUAACUUUGCAAUCUGGCUCGAUUUCUGUCACUACCUUCACCCCCAACGUCACUCAAUAUCUGAACAUUUGACAUAACUUUUGUGCAUGACACCUAAACCUGCCUGCCAUUUAUUUUCAUUCUCUCUUCUCUCCCCCUUUGUGUGUCUUUUUUAUUUUUUGUGUGUCUCCCUUACCGCAUGCAAACUCAUUCACACUCGCUCCCCCACUCAUUCACACUCUCGCCAUACCUUUUCCCCACCCUCACCCACUCCCACUCCCACUCGCUCACCCAUUCAUCCACUUACACGCUCACAAACACGCACACAUGCACUUACAGCUCAGCCCCUCAGGGUAGUAACAGAAGAUACGUGUCUGUUUCACUACCUAGUCCCCGCCCCCAUGUCUCCCUCCAACAAAUCAGUGGGCAGCGAUGCAGGAAGCCAAGAUUCUGGGGACGGAAACGCAGGACCAAGGUCUGUGUGAGUGUGUGGAGCGGAGAGAGAGAUGGGGUUUGGUUGUUUCUGGUCAUUUUUACGUGAUGUCGGCUUGUACCUGCAUGCCAAGUCUGUUUGUGUUGACAUGGUGAAAAUACUUGAUGAAUUCUAACAUGUCUCUUCUUUGCCUUCUCAUCGGCACGCUGAUGUUUCUCAAUUUAACACGCACUCCGUUCUCCUUCUUCUUCUUCUCUCUGUCUUUCUUCUUCUUCUCUGUUUUCGGUCUUUUCCCAUCUUUAACAUCUCUUAAACGGGCUCCCGUCCUUUGCAUUGACUUUCAUCCUCUUGUCCUCCCUUUUCUCUCUGUCCGUCCUGUCUUUCUCUAACUAACACCGUCUGGUGGUUUGGCUGUAUAAGGACAUUGCAUUGGGAUCCUGACCCCUCUACUCUGCAACUCCACUCCGACUCUGAGCUCAUGGGGUACUGCUCCUCCUCUCUCCUUUAGCUUGUCCUUCAGCUUUGUUCAGUUUUUGUGGUUUCAUCUUAGACUCGUCUAAAUGUGGUACUAUUUUGUCUGUUAAAUCAUUGUUUAUGUUGGUACAUAAAAUCUGAAGUGACUUCUCUUCCUGUUGCAAACCUAUGUAUGUGUGCUUAUUCCUUUUUUAAUGUCCACUUCAUGGUGUUUGUGUGUAGACGAGGAGCAGUUAGACUGGGCAUGUCUAAAAUGACCCAGGUGGACUUUGUCCCAAGAGAGUUGGUGUCUUAUUCCAAAGAAACGCAGACACCCACCGAGACGCAGACACACGUCGAGCAAAAACCAGGUAAACAAAUAUGAACUCAAAUAUGUUUUCCAAAUUCUUUUAAUUAGAAGUGGGUAAAAAUUGAUUUAAAUCUGUGUUUGUUUCAGAAGAAGAAGAGGAUGAAGAGGUAGCUGCUCCCCCUCCAGCAGAGGAAACUCAGGAGGAGAAAGAUGAACAGGGAGAACAGCAGGAGGAUGGUAAGAGCAAAUAAAGAAAAAUGUUGUCUUUUCGCCUCAAUUGAUUAAACUUUACAAAUGUCUGUCUUUCCAAAAGUGCAUGAUCAGAAAGCAAUAUAUCACGAGUAUUCUCCCACUCAUAUUGACUUUCUCGCGCACAGACACCCCUAAAGAGCUGACAGAGGAAGAGAAGCUGCAGGUCCUGCACUCUGAGGAGUUCUUGUCGUUUUUCGAGCGAGGCAGCAGAAUUGUGGAGCGAGCUCUGGCCGAGCAGGUGGAUGUUUGCUUUGAUUACAGUGGCAGAGAUCUCGAGGAUAAAGAGGGGUAAGCGACUUAUGAAAGAAUAAAUGGAAUUGCUCCAGUGUAAGGUUAAAAAAGUCACAUGGUGUAGGAAAUGCAGGGUUGAUAAUAACAUUGUUUUUUUUGUCUGUCGUGUCCAGUGACCUGCAGGCUGGUGCAAAGCUGGUGCUGAACAGGCAGUUUGCAGAUGAGCACUGGACCAAAAACAGAGUAGUCACUUGCCUUGACUGGUCUCCUCAGGUGGGUUAAACUCAGACACAAUUUAAACGAAAGAUUUGUAAUUAAAAAAAGAACUCAGAACCUGUGCUUAAAGACCCACUCCGAUGAAAAUCACGUUUUCCUUGUUGUCUACAUGUUUAUAUGACAUUUUUCUGAUGCUACAGGACAUAUAAUGAGAAAACUAAGCACAAAAUUGGAUUUCUGAGUAUCUCUCAAUUCAAAUCACUGUAAAUCUCUGGCAGACCCAAACAGCUUUUAAUUGAAUUAUUGACGUGAACGUGUACCCCUCCCCAAAACUAAAGGCAUGUGGGUCUUUUCAGCGGCACUGUUUCCGACCCCGUACAACUGUCCACGACAACAGCAGGUCCGUGCCAUAUGUCACAAUUAGCUACAACUGCUGCUGGGCACUUACGAGCAAGAAGAUGGAGCAUCAUACAGCGUUGUUUUUGUUGUACAUGAUGUACGCACUACUUUUUCUGCAGAUGAGAUGCACGCUACUCCUCUUCUCUGGUGUUUUUUUUCCAUGAUUAUGGGGCCGUGGCGCACACUCACAUGCAUUGUCCGAUCAUACUCUGACUACGCUGGUUGCAUGGUAGAGAAAAUCGGAUUCCAAUCGCAUUAUCUGGGUGUCUUAAUCGGAGUUCUCUGACUCCUAUAGCAGUUCUCAAACUCUGAUUAUAGUCAGACUAAUGUGUUUAUGCACUUCCUUUGUCCCGUCCUAAUUCGAGUAAGGCAAUAAUUCGGUUUUCUUGAGUGUCAUGUAAACGUACUGACUGAGAUUUCAUACAUCACAAAUCCAAGCUCCGCCCCCAGAACCCCGCUGCGCAGGCCACACUCAUAGAAAAAGAGAAGACAAUCAUGGAACAAGUGUGUGCGUUAGCGGAUUGCAAUGCUUGUAAGAAAGUUAAUUAUGAUAUUAGCUUUCAUCAUUUUACUAAAGACAUUAGUGUUAAAGAGUUGAAGAGCUCCUACUUUACCAGCUACUUCUACUACACUGGCAAUGUUAGGCUACAAACAAGCAUGAAGGGGAGUGUGCAAAGAAGCGCGACUCAGAGGCAAAUUGCUAAUGAUCUACUGGAGCCCUGCUGAAGACAAGCCCUUAAAAAUGACACAGGGAACUAGAUUUUGGCUGAAAACAUCAUAAUCACAAUGAAAAGACCACUGAUAACAUUUUAAGUAGUAAAAAAAAAAACAAUCGGAGUGGGACUUUAAAAUCUUUCCUCACCACACAAAUUGUAUACGGUUAUAAUGGGCUUCUCUUUUGCUCCUAGUACCCAGAGCUGCUCGUGGCCUCAUAUAACAACAAUGAAGAUGCUCCCCAUGAGCCUGAUGGAGUGGCUCUGGUCUGGAACAUGAAGUACAAGAAAGACACACCUGAGUACAUCUUUCACUGCCAGGUAGGGAUGAAAUUCACAUGAUAGCCUACAAACUACAGGCAUGUCAUCUUAAAAUUUGUUCAUCUUUCUGCAGUCAAGUACAGAGACAGAAUCAGCUGAAUUUUAAUUGUUUGGUUUUUCCUCCAGUCAGAAGUGAUGUCUGCUGGGUUUGCUAAGUUCCACCCUAACCUGGUGGUGGGUGGGACAUACUCAGGACAGAUUGUCUUAUGGGACAACAGGAGCAACAAGCGCACCCCUGUUCAGAGAACUCCCCUGUCUGCAGCUGCACACACUGUAAUGCACUUGACAUAUUAACAUAGACUCAGAAUAAAUGACUCUUCUUGCUUAGCUAAUCUUGUUAAACCCUUUUGACUUUUCUUUCUUUUGUUUUCAGCACCCAGUCUAUUGUGUGAAUGUCGUCGGGACCCAGAAUGCUAACAACCUGAUUAGCAUUUCCACGGAUGGUAAAAUGUGCUCCUGGAGCCUCGACAUGCUCUCCCAGCCACAGGUACUUGAACUUCUCGAGGUGGAUUUUAAGAGACACGGUCUUGAAUAUCACCUGGUUUGUCAGAGUCUGAGUCUGUGUGCGUCUCGUCCCUGCAGGACAGUCUGGAGCUGGUGUUCAAACAGAGCAAGGCUGUGGCUGUCACCUCCAUGGCCUUCCCUCUUGGAGACGUCAACAAUUUCGUGGUGGGGAGUGAAGAUGGCUCCGUCUACACUGCCUGUCGCCACGGGAGGUUAGUGUGUUUGACCUUGGCGCUCAUUAGCAUCUGAUGGUGCCUCUUUUACCAAGUGGUUUGGUUUGGCUCUUGGCGUUUCACACAGAAAGCAUGUUGACUGUGUGUAACUUCCUUGAUUUUUGGUGUGCGUGUUAGCAGAUGAGGCAGGAGAAGCACGUUUUACCUGAUUUUUUUUCCUGCAAGCCAAAUGGAUCUUGGCCAGAAAAACACUAAAAUGCUAUGGCUGUACUUCUUCAAAGCAAAAGCCCUGUAUGUUAAGUCUCCCCUUGAGACUCUUCUUGUUUUCACACAAUGCGUUUACUCUGAAACUGUGUCCAGUACAGCUCUUUGGUAAAAGAAGUAACCUGCAAAGCUGUGUACAUUAUUAAAUCACAUUACUGGAACUGUUUCAUCCUCUAUGAUUUCCCAAUCUUUGUAGCCAUCUUUGUACUCCCACCCUGCUCAGCUGGUGUCUGUGUAUGAGUUAAAGGGAUAUUCCGGCGUAAAAUUAACUUUGGGUCAAACACACCAUAACACAGAGUAAGAGACGAGUGUUGUCGACUGCUUGCUUCUGCUUGCAAACCUCAACCAAAAAACCAUUCUAUAGCCACAAUCACCUCGUCACGGCUUCCCUCACAAACAAGCGGCUGCUGGAAGAGAGUAGGUGAAUUGUGUUUAGUCUCUUUGCUAAAGAAAUCAGGCAAAACUAAAAAGAUGUUUGGUGGCUAGUACUAUGGCUGGGACCCUACAUGUACUGUUGAUGAAGUUAGGUGCUGUUCUGAGUGUUAUUUGUCGCUAUAGAGUGGCGUUUUGGUUGAGGUGUGCGCAUGGAGACAUAGACUGUGUAUUGCUAUUAUGCGGUCGUUACUAAAGUUGGUAUAACUAGAGAAGCAAGCAGUCGGCAACACUCAUCUCUCGAGGGGGUGUCUAACUUGGUGUUAUGGUGUUUUGACCCCAAGUUAAUUUUACGCUGGAAUAUCCCUUUAAGCACCUGUUCAAAAACUGCCAUCAGCUGUUUGACACCCUGUUGCAUUUUCUAAAAUAAAAAACUGAAUCAUAAUUCAUCAAAGUACGUAAGAGUACCGAUCAGUGCAACUCGUUAGGAGAGAGUUAAUUCAGCUUAGUCGAUCUCUCCUGCUCCCUCCUCUUCCAGAUCAUCCCAGUUUAGGAUUGAUUGUAACAUCUUACCUCAGCAAGGUUUAUUAAUGAUUCACCAGGAUGUCAAAGAAAGAGUGUGACAUAAAGCUAAGAGUAGAAAUUCACACAGUUGUGGUCAUGCGUGUUUUACAGUAAGGCCGGCAUCACUGAGGUGUUCGAAGGCCAUCACGGUCCAGUAACUGGGCUGAGCUGCCACAGUUCUGGAGGACCUGUUGACUUCUCCCACCUCUUCAUCUCCUCCUCUUUUGACUGGACUGUGAAACUCUGGAGCACCAAGGUGAGACAUCUAAUGCCUCACAAAAUACACUGAAUUUGUAAAUGCCCUUAAAGUGAGGAAUCAAUGAUUUUAUUCUUCCAUUUGUCUUUUCAGAGUACCCGUCCUUUGUACUCAUUUGAGGACAGCUGUGACUAUGUCUACGACGCCAUGUGGUCCCCUACACACCCUGCUCUGUUUGCCUGUGUGGACCUUGCUGGACGCCUGGACCUGUGGAACCUCAACAAUGAUACUGAAGUAUGCACAAUAAGACUUGAACAGUACCUCUUAAAAAGACGGUUCAGCAUUUCAGGAAACAUGCGUGUGCUCUUAUGAAAGUUUAUCUGAAUGUCAUCCACGCCUCAGGAGACAUUUAGUUUAGCAUACAAAAUGAAACCACAGAAAACAACCAUUCUGACAUUUUAAAGGUUGAAAACAUGUCCUUGUACCACCCCUAAACUUUGUAUGGGUCAUUCACAUACACUUCCAAAUACCAGUGUUUUCGUUGACGAUGAUGAAAAUAGUUCAUCAACGUCAUCGUCAACGAAAACAACACUGCAGAAUAUAUGUUUAGCGUUUGACUGACGAAAUGCUCAUGAAUUUUGCAACUCUGUUCGUCGUCCACCACUAACGUUUUCGUCUAGUCUUGUCUCGUCACAUUGUAGUCAUCCAAGACUUGUGUUGAGCUCUUCAAUGUCACGUCUUCUUCGUGGAAAAAAAAGGGGCAAACAACACUUCCAAAUACCCAACAAAUGCUGCUUUAUGUUUCAGGUUCCUACCGCCAGUGUGAGCGUGGAGGGAGCUCCAGCUUUGAACCGUGUGAGAUGGGCUCACUCAGGCAAAGAAAUCGCCACCGGGGACUCAGACGGACAGGUGCAGGUCUAUGACGUUGGAGAGGUGAGAUGUCAUCAAACCCUGAUAUAAGAUUAAACUCCUGAGAGCAUGUUUUUAUUCAGCAGGUUUUAGGUUUUUGACAUACUAAUGGGUGUUUCUGUCCCUUCUAUAGCAAAUCUGCGUGCCCAAGGCUGAUGAGUGGACACGCUUCGUCAGGACGCUGGCAGAGAUUAAUGAGAACAGGGAUGAAGCUGAGGAACUGGCUAACGUCUGAUUUGAAAAAACCCCGCACUGACAACAGCUUUUCAAUUCCUCCCUAAUACACCUAAUAGCACACUACACCAUACUGGCUUCCAGCUUUUCCACCAACUACGACAUGAUUUGGCCUGAGGAGAUGUGCAGAGCUAGAAGGGACAGAAAGACAGUUUUGGAGCUUUAGAAGUGUUUUUAAAUGUGUCUUAAGGAGUUUUAGAGUAUGUGUAGGAACAAUGAAUGUCACGUGUAGCAGUAGUUUUACAAAAUAACGGUCAAGUUGCUUCAGUGGGAUACAAGGGAAGUGGUUUUUCAGCACAGAUGUGGCUGUCCACUCUAAACUUCUAGCUUUGAUAACAUCCUCAGGGCUCCAGAAACUGCUCUUCUCCUGAGGCCUCAACCAACUCAACCCUUUUUUAAAAUAUGCAAACCUUUGUACCUGCACCUUUUUAUUACCAUUUAAGUGUUUUUACAUGUUUUAAUAUUUUCCAGACAUGCUUUUGCAUCUCGUCAGGGAAGUUUUUUCAACCAAGCGGCAAGAGAAAAAGCUGACAUAUCAGUAUCCUCAGCAGCACUUAACUACUACAACAGCUGGUGUGCUCACACAUGCACACUCUGGCCUGCGCAGGAGUGUGUCAAUCUUGUAUUUUAACCACUACAAUAUUUAAUAUUUAUUCUGGUGGUUACACUUAUUUAAAUAUUUUAUGUAUUGUUAAAAAGUUGCUGCUUUGUACUAGGAGCUUGAGUAGUACAUUCCUUAAACUAGCUCUACAAGCGUUUUUACCGGGCAAAAUCGGAUCAUAUACUUGCCCUGAGUUUAUUGACACUAGUACAGUUAAAAAGUGGUGUUUUUCUGUACCAAAGGAUAUUGUUUUAUACUCUGUAACUGUGUAAUAUUUAGUAGAGAACACUUUCCUGACUCGUCCUCUUUAGAGGAUCUAAAUAAAGUACAUGAAGUUUUAAAAAGGAGAUGUAAAGUUGGGGUUAAAAACCGUUUGAUCACAAAACAUGGGUUAUGUUUUUUUGCUUAUCCAUCCAGUUCAUCAUUCCAGGAUGCAGCAGUUCAAAGUGUCAGCAUCGAAAACGCUUCUCUUAAAUGCUUCAAAAUGUACUGUAGCCGCCAUGUUUGAUAAAACAUGAAGAUCAGAUCUCUGCUUGGACUUUUCUUUGUAUUGUACUUUUUCCUGUCACUCUUCCUCUCACAGUCAAUGGUUGCACUUGCCAUUGGAAUAAAACUCUAGACAUAUUGUUAAAAUUAAAACCAUAUGGAUGAUUUAUUUCAAUAAAAUACAAUGACUGAAUUUAGAUACAUUUAAUUUAUUAACCUAAUUCUCUGCUCAUGAUUCUUGUUUCACCAAGAAAACACUGACUUGAAAAGUUCUGUACAUCAGUAAGAGUGAUUCUUGGAAAGCAGGACUGAAGGCCCCGCGUUACCAUAGCAUGACAGUUACUGAACGUUACAACGCUUUGUCAUGUAACUUUUGUUUCACUGCUUUCUGUUUAUGUACUCUCCGUACAGUUAUACAAUAUGUACAGUAUAUAGCCUCUUGUCUGAGGACUGAGCAAGAGUGAAGCCCCACACACGCACACACGCACACACACCGUGCCGACCAGUCUAAUAUAAUCUAUGCCCAUCGUCCGAUACGAGAAGUCAAACUGAGUAUCAGACAGAAAAGAAAUUAAAAUCAUAUGCGCUACUCAUGAAACAAAGAGAGAAGAGCAGAGGCUUCACUCUUUACAAAUGCUGGAGAAAAACAAACAAUAAAGUUCCCAGGAGCGUACAGCCACUGGAGAUACGACAGUCUGGUCCCGUCCCUGUCUGCUUACUCACAUCCACAGCUGGUUUGGGACCAGUGCAGAACACCUUCACCCUGCAGCUGCAGUUGUUUGUUCCUAACUUAAGGGCCCUCUACUUGUGGAGUGUAUUUUAGUUUGUGCGUGUUUUGCUUUUUUUUUUUCCUUUGUGUGUGUAUCUAUCCUAGUGUCUGGCUCCUGUUAAAGGAAAAUAGGGAUGGCAAAGUGAUAUGGAGCUUGGGAUCUCUACGGGGCUUGAGCCGGCGUGGCAGUGACUGGCUCAGGGGGAUGGAUGGAGACCACACCGGAAGACUUGAAUUUUGGAAGAUGGAGACCGAAUUUGUUCUCCACUCCGGCAAAGGUGGCUGCAGCCAGGCGGUAGCCUCCGACGUGGUCAGCAUUGAUGGGAGGAAGCUCUGAGAUACGGGACUUGGGCGUGGGGUCGGAUCCUGAUGGACGG